GAUCUUGUGGCAAAACUCUUCGCACGAGGGUUAGUUAUAAUUGCAGCUCCGAGGAAAUCAGGACUAAGAUUAAAGUCGUUUUCCUUGGUCAGAAUCAAGGAAUUUGGAUCGUAGUCUUCAUACAAGUUGCGUGGCGACAACUUGUGUCAACUAAGCAUAAUUUUUGACCGUAAAUCAUGGCUGACGAUUGGGAAGAAGAAAGUGGUGGAGCUCCUAUGACGAACGGUUUCGGCACCUCAAAUGGAGGUUUUGGUGGCGGUGGAUUCGGCGGCAGUACGUCACAAGACAGCGAUUCAGGUCGAAGRAAACCGUUUGGUCGUGGCGGUGGAGGCUUCGGUGGCAAUGAUUCGUCUAUGAGUAACGGCUCUGUCGGUGGGUUUGGAAAAAGUAGUGGAUUUGGUAGCGGAGGGGGUGGUGGUGGAUUUGGCAGCGGAGGGGGUGGUGGUGGAUUUGGUAGCGGAGGGGGUGGUGGUGGAUUUGGUAGCGGCGGAGGAGGUGGCAGUUUUGGUAGCGGAGGAGGUGGAUUUGGUAGUAGUAGUGGUGGCUUUGGUGAGAGUAGUUCAGGUGGAUUUGGUAGUGGUGGUGGAGGAGGUUUUGGCGGUGGAGGCUUUUCAGGGGGUGAUGAUGCAGAUGAUGGUGGUGGUAGAGGAGGUGGAUUCAACAAGGGAGGUGAUGGGUGCAGAAUCUGUGGGGAAUCUGGUCACUUUGCCCGUGAGUGCCCACAGAAGAAAGACAGAGAUGAUUCAUGCAGGAACUGCGGCCAAUCAGGUCACUUUGCACGUGAUUGUACAGAGCCCAAGAAAGGAGGAGGUGGCGGCGCAUGUUAUAAAUGCCAACAGACAGGGCACUUUGCUAGAGAAUGUCCAAAUGCCGAUUCUGGUGAAGGUGGUGGAUUUGGUGGUGGUUUUGGUGGUGGUGGAGGAGGUGGUAGCGGUGAUCAGACAUGUCAUAGAUGCAAGGAAACUGGUCACUUUGCCAAAGACUGUACCAAUGAACCAGUUGUUGAUGGUGACAGACCAGCUCCAGUAACMUACGUCCCACCAGCUCCACCAGAGAGUGAAGAACAAAUCUUCAAGUCAAUUCAAGAGGGAAUCAACUUUGACAAAUAUGACAGUAUCCCUGUGGAAGUAACUGGAGAUAACCCUGUUAAGCCCAUUAAAAACUUUGAUGAAGCAAACCUAUAUAGCACCUUCAGUGAAAACGUCAAGAAAGCACACUACCACAAACCCACUCCUGUCCAGAAAUAUGCUAUUCCAAGCAUCAUCGCUGGAAGAGAUGUCAUGGCCUGUGCCCAGACUGGGUCAGGAAAGACUGCUGCAUUCCUGCUUCCUGUCAUGACUGGUAUGAUGAAUGAUGGUCUUAAGAGUAGUGCAUUUAUGGAAAUACAAUCCCCACAAGCAUUGUGUAUUGCCCCAACCAGAGAAUUGGCCAAUCAGAUUUAUGGAGAAGCUCGCAAGUUUGCAUAUGGAACAAUGUUACGGCCAAUUGUGUGCUAUGGAGGUGUAUCUGUCAAUCAUCAGCUGCGGCAAUUGCAACAGGGAUGCAACCUUCUUGUUGCUACACCAGGAAGGCUGAUGGAUUUUGUGGAAAGGGGCAAGGUUUCCCUAAAGGAAGUAAAAUAUCUCAUCUUAGAUGAAGCUGACAGGAUGCUUGAUAUGGGUUUUGAACCAGCCAUAAGAAAAAUUGUUGAAACCUUGGGACUACCAGACAAAAUGAACCGCAAUACUCUUAUGUUCAGUGCAACCUUCCCCGAAGAAAUACAGMGACUUGCACGGGAUUUCUUGAAUGACUAUCUAUUCUUGACAGUAGGAAGAGUUGGCAGUGCCACUUCUGAUAUCGAACAGAACAUUAUUGAAGUGUCAGAGUUUGAGAAGAGAGAUAAACUGACAGAAAUCCUUGGAGAUGCAGGAACACAAAGAACUUUAGUGUUUGUUGAGUCAAAGAGAGGAGCUGAUUUUCUGGCAGUGUUCCUGUCUCAAGAAGGAUUCCCAACAACUAGUAUCCAUGGGUAAGAUUGCACCCUUAAAGAAUUAGCUGUUUUGGA